UCCUAUCACGAAGGAAAAUGUCAAAAAAAUGGAAUUGGGAGAUGCUGCCAAGCGGGCUGGGGUGCUUAGCAGUGGUGCCAAGCGAUCAAUCCGGCCAUUCAUCUCGGGAAUCAAUCUUGAAUCUUGACCGAGCAAUAAACGUCGGUUUAGAUUUGUAUGCACUCAGAUUCAAUCCGAGCUGUUCGUGCCGAGAUGAACGAUCGGAUGCUGCUCGACAUCCUGCUUGGCAAGGGGUGCUUGGCGUUGUCCCCGGGUCAUCUCCAUUCUCCAACCAGGGCAUACAUAUUCAUGAGGAUAAGUCAAACACCUAUUUCUUGCAUUUGUCAACAACGUGCCAGCCAAAAACAACUCAGCUCUGAACCCUUUCCUACAAUCCCUCGCAUCCUCCCAAUUUUCUUCAUAAACCCUCCUCCCUUUCACAAUUCCCAUUCUGUUGGAUCCAAACAACUAUGGACCCAAACCACAACACGACGCAUUCUGGGAGUCACCAGCAGCCACCGCCCUCCUCUUGCGGCCCCAAGGCGGACAAGGCCAAGUUGGCUGGCAAGGGAGCCGACCUCCUCCGCACUGCCUCUAGUUUCGGCAAGGGGAAGAGCCUUGGAAAGUACCUUGGCAAGGCCGAGAAUUAUCUUCGCAAAUACCAGAACACCCAUUCCACUAACACGCCCCAUGGUGGCCCAGGCCCAGGCCCAGCCAACAGCACCGUCCCCCUUGGCUAUCCACCCACCGAGGCCGCACAUGGCUACCCUCCCACAGAUCAUGCUCCCCAUGGCCACCCGGCCACCACCGUCGUCCCCCCUGCUGGUGGGCCCAACAGUGAUUCGCCUAACACCGUCCCCCUUGGCUACCCUCCCAUUGCCUAUCCAAACACCGUUGCAGCUAGCGCUAACCCAUAUCCAGGUGGAAAUGGGUAUGCCCAUGGGGACCCAGGCCCAGCAAACACCAUCCCCCUUGGCUAUCCAACCACCUCAGCCCCGCAUGGCUACCCUCCCACAGAUGCUCCCCACGGCCACCUGACCACCACUGCCGUCCCCCCUGCUGGUGGGCCUAACGGUGAUUCAGCUAACACUGUCGUCCCCCUUGGCUACCCUCCCAUUGCCUACCCAAACACCGUUGCAGCUAGCGCUAACCCGUAUGCAGGUGGAAAUGGGUAUGUAGGUGGUGGUCACGGGAAUUCUGGGAGUGGGUUGGGUGACUACUUGAAGAAGGCGAGUGGAUUCUUGAAGAAGCAUUGAUGAGAAAGUUGGGGGACACUCAUAUUUCGUCAUAAACAUAUGUAUCUGAUUCAGUACUCGUUCAAAUUUUUUUU